AUAUUUCCUAGUGAGUACCAGGGGUUACAGCUACGCCACAUUUGGCCCUUCCUAGGUAUAUGUGUGGCAAACGAUGUAGAUCAUGCACGCUGGAAUAGACCCAAGUGUGUUCGCAUUUACAGAAUGUUUAAAAAAUGACUGUGACAGUCACUUGGAAAAAUAAGUAGUUUUUCUUGUUCUUUUUUUUUUUUUUUUUUUUUGCACAGUCUACACAUGCACAGUAAGUAUGACAGUUGCAGAAGAGGAAGUCACAGAAGGUUCUUCCUCUUUAGCUACCGGAACAGUCUUUUUUCAGUCUUAUGAGCCUGGCUGCGUCUCUGCGAUCUCUCACUUCUUUUCAUCAUAUCUGCUAUCAAUCUGCAAGGUUCCCCCUACAGAAGACAAUUUGUGCUGCCUUUUUCGUGAAACCUCUGUUGCUCUCUGUUUUUUGACUCCAUCACUUUUUGAUCAGGUGCAUUUUUACAUUACCCGCCUUUAUCUUCUGAUAUCUCUCUAUCCUCCUUUGUGCCCUGCCCCCCCUAUUUGGGCGCAGUGGCAGAUAUGGAGUUGUGGAGGCACUGUGCCCGAUGGCUGAUUGAGUGCCGAGUGCUCCCUCCUAAUCAUCGCGUGACGCUAGACACCGCACAGGUGUGUGACCUGGCUCAAGCCUUACGAGAUGGGGUCCUAAUCUGCCAGCUACUCAACAACCUGAUGCCUCACAGUGUCAAUUUGGGUGAAAUCAAUGUGCGUCCUCAAAUGUCACAGUUCCUUUGUUUGAAGAAUAUCCGAACAUUUCUGUCCACGUGCUGUGAAAGGUUUGGGAUGCGUAGGGUCGAUCUUUUUGAGGCUUUUGACCUGUUUGAUGUCAAAGAUUUUGGCAGGGUUAUCAACACUCUGUCUAUGUUAUCCUGGUCUCAGAUUGCUCAGAGUAAAGGGUUUAUACCAUUUCCUACAGAAGAUCUAGAGAAUGACGAUGACAUUUACAGUGGUCUCUCCGAUAAGAUGGAUGACACGGGAGAGGAAGAUGAAGAUCUCUAUGACUGUGUUGAUAUGGAUGAGGAAGAAGGCAAUGAAAUAUAUGAGGUUCUCAUGAAUGAUGAUCUACCUGCUCCAAAAAAAGAUGGGAAAAUGACUACAGAAGAUAUGAAAAGAUGCUGCCUCCAGGAAUUGUACCAGACAGAAGAAAAGUACUCAGACACACUUGGAUCCAUCUGUCAGUUCUUUAUGAAGCCCCUUCAGACGUUCCUAAGUGAAAGUGAAAAGACCAGUAUCUUCAUAAACAUAGAGGAUCUAAGAAAACUUCAUCAAGACUUUCUGGCAGAAAUGAAGUCCUGCAUCUCACCCAAGAACACACAGAACUUGUAUCAAGUCUUCGUCCGUAAUAAGGAAAAGUUUCUAAUUUAUGGCUUAUACUGUAGUCAAGUAGAAUCUGCCUCUAAAAUGUUGGAUCAGACAUCGCAUGAACACGAGGAUGUCAAGAUGAAGCUUGAGGAAUGUUCUCAAAGAGCAAACAAUGGUCGGUUCUCUCUACGGGAUUUAUUGAUGGUGCCCAUGCAACGAGUUUUAAAGUAUCAUCUUUUGCUGCAGGAGCUGGUAAAACACACAGUGGAACCAACAGAGAAGGAGAAUUUAAAGCAAGCACUGGAUGCCAUGAGGGAUUUGGCUCAAUGUGUUAAUGAGGUUAAAAGGGACAAUGAGACAUUAAAGCAACUUACCACCUUCCAGUUAUCUAUUGAACAUUUGACAGAAUCUCUGGCACUAUAUGGAAGACCAAAGACAGAUGGUGAAUUGAAGAUUAUUACUUCAGAAAAAAAGUCAAAGCUGGACAGGUAUGCCUUUCUUUUGGAUCGGGCACUGUUAAUAUGCAAGAGGAAAGGAGAUACAUAUGACCUGAAGGAAUUUAUAAAGCUUCAGAAUUAUGAAAUCCGUGAUGACCCCUCUGGAGACAGAGACAAUAAAAAGUGGGCUCACAUGUUCUAUCUGAUUGAUGCCCGAGCCUGCUUAGGAUAUGAACUAUAUUUCAAGACAAGAGAUUUAAAGAAGAAGUGGAUGGAGCAAUUUGAAAUGGCUGUAUCCAACGUUCACCCAGACCAUGCUCAUGCAAAUGGACAUGAUUUUCAAAUGUAUUCAUUUGAAAGCACAGCUACGUGCAAGGCCUGUCAAAUGCUAUUAAGGGGCAUAUUCUUCCAGGGAUAUAGAUGUUCCACGUGCAGAGCUCCUGCACACAAGGAAUGCUUGGGCCGAGUGUCAUGCUGCGGGAAGCAAGACAGUGGUCCAUCGUCUACUAAAAAGGGCCGUGGACCACCAAGUAAAAGAACAGACUCCGGUCUUACAAAGAUGGAAACAUGUCAAGAAUACUUUGGAAUUCCUCCGCCGCCUAUUGCAUUUGGUCCACCGCUGAAAAUGCAAAAAGGGGAUGUCAUAGAACUGACAAAAGCAGAAGCUGAACAGAACUGGUGGGAGGGUCGCAAUACUUCCACCUACGAGCUUGGUUUCUUCCCAUGCAGUCAUGUAAAGCCCUAUAUAUCUCAUCCAUUACCCGAUCUCUCAUUAUAUUCUUGGUAUGCUGGUGGCAUGGAAAGAAAAGAAGCAGAAGUAUUAUUAGCCAAUCGUUCUGAUGGGACUUUCUUGGUCAGACAAAGAACAAAAGACUCAGGAGAAUUUGCAAUAAGCCUCAAGUUUAAUCAGGAAAUAAAGCACAUGAAAGUAACUGUUCAGGAAGGGAUCUGGAGACUCACGGAAAAGAAAGGCUUCAAGGGACUUCCAGAAUUGGUUGGGUUUUACCAACAUAACUCGUUAAAAGAUUGCUUUAAGCUUUUGGAUACACUGCUUCAGUUUCCUUUCAAAGAACCAGAAAGGAAAGAAACCUCUAGAAUGGCAGCAGAUGAUAAGAGGGUGAAAUACUUUGGAUCAGCUCGAGCACGUUAUGACUUCUGUGCGAGAGACAGGACUGAACUAAGUUUAAAGGAAGGAGAUGUCAUCAGGAUUCUCAGCAAGAAAGGACACCAAGGAUGGUGGAAAGGUGAAGUUUAUGGCAAGAUCGGUUGGUUCCCCUCAAAUUAUGUUGACGAUGACUUUUCGGAGUAUUGUUAAAUGACUAAAAAAGAGACAGAAUAUGCAGCAAAACUGAAAAUAGAAUAAUUAUUUUGUAAAGUAUUUAAGGAGUUGCUGUAAUGAUAUGCAUAUGGAGAUAAAACUUUUUUGUGAAAUGGCAUGACGUCAAUAUGUGAAGGAUUUUGAAGAUUUCUCCCUGCUGUUGCCAUUCAGCUAAUGCCUUGGACUCUUAAGAACACCAUCGAGUUUUACAUUUUUGUCCAUCUUCAUAAAGUGCUAGCUUUAAUUUAUAAGCGGACUUAUUUUACAAUCUAUAUAUAGAAAGAAAAGCUUACCUCUCAGGACAUAGGUUAAUUACAGUUCCACCUUUGUUGAAACAAUUCUCUCCAUGGCAAUUACAUGCUUUGCAAGGAUUUCUUACAUGCUUCAUUCCUGGAGUUAAUGAGACGGGCCAACCAGCAACCUAAUAAAACUCACUUAUAAGUGAGGGAGUCUGCAUACGCUAAUCUUUUAAUGAAGCCUAUUGGUGUACUGAGAGACAUUUCAUCUACAGACCCCUUGCAACUAGCUCUAUUGUCAAACUAUCGUCAGAGAAAAAAGGCUCACAGUAAAAAAGGACAGGGAAUGCCUGUAAUUUAAAUCAAGUUCUGUGCAGUCCCACAGAUAAAAAACGUCAGCAAAUCACAUAAGCAGGAAAUAUUUCUCAAGUUGUUCUGACAUACACUGUAAAAAAUAAUAUAUUCUGAGCUCUGCUUGCAGGAAGUAAAAUGUCAAGUUUUGGUAGUUUUUUUUUUUAAUAUCCUAGGUGGAUGAAGAUUCCAAGGAAUGAGUCUUGACAAGAUUUAAUUGCGGAGCUCAGGUUGGACUGUUCCAUUAAAUGCAACUAGUAGUCUAAAUACCUGAAUUUGACUUGGUAUCUUGCAUCCUAUGUACAGCAGAGCUGGCAGCACAAGGGGCCAAACAGUUGUGUUGCAUUAUUCAUGCGCUAACAAGGAACAUUGUGGUAGAUGAAGAGACUGACAGAUUAGCUAUUUGUAUGUUGUUUCUCUUUUACUAUUCAAUCAGAGGUUGGGGGCAGGGAUAUUUAUUUAUUGAAAAGAAAUUAAAAUCUACAGUACCAUUCUGACAUUACUUCUGUCAAAACUGUUAUAAUCUGACAACUGUUCAGCAAGAAAUCGCAUUUGGAUGUGAUUAUUACAGAAUAUUUCCAAUUUGGUGGUGAUCUCACUGUGCUCUCCAUGAGACAGUUUCUCAUCCAUGGCCAGCCUUACACACUAAGGGUCGGCUCACAUCUGCACGGUACAUUACAUUUUUGAUGUGUUUUAGGUGCAUUAUCAGUGAACUCUAUAGAAUGUGUGUUUUGAUAAAAGAGCAUCAAAGGUCUUCUUUUUUUUUUUUAUUAAAGAGUUUCAAGUAUCCAAGUUGUAUUUGCUUUUGUAACAAACCAAGGUUUACUUUUUUAAGAGUAGUAUUUAUUAAAAAGGAAGAAAAAUUGACCAAGGAGAGGUCCUGAGAUAAAGAUAAUUAAGGGAAGUAAAAAGGGAGAAGAGGUCAGGGAUGGGAAGUGGGGUCUGGCCAAGUGAGAGUCUCCAAGGCUAGGUAGUAUAGAAAAGAUUAAGAGAACAUGUUUGUUAAAGUUAAAAAGACGGCGAUCAAAGUCUGCAGGUAAAAAAUGGAUGGCCUAUGGUUCCUAGUCCUUUUGUAAUCUUGGCAUUGUGCCUUGCAAGAUGGCUGUCAAUUUCCCAUUAAUCAGUGUCAAGUGCAUUCUGGAUUUAACUUCUGCAACAUCUAGUGUUGGAGACCCAUACCUUCAUUAUUGUUUUUUUUUACAGCUGUCAGACUGUAAACUGGCAUUUAGAGAUAGUCGAUGGCUUCAGGUUAAGGAGUGCCUCAUAGAGGUACAAGGGAAUCGUCUGUUAAAAAAAAAAAA